AUGCGACGUGAUUUCACUUGGACAUUCACCGUGGCCAACGUGAAGGUACCCAUCCUCGGCGCGGAUUUCCUGGCGCAUUACGCACUGGCGGUCCAUAUGAACCCUAGGACCCUGUCCGAUACGACUACGAAUCUCCGUGUCUUAGGUACCCCUACACGUCAAGGCUCCAAAGGAAUCAGCGUCGCAACAUUCCAUGGUCGCGAGUACUUAGAUCUACUGACACAGUUCACGGACAUAACACUACCACUCCAAGUAACGGCUUCAGGUGACCACCAGACUCAGCACCACAUCAGAACUAGAGGUCCUCCCGCACACUCCCAUCCGCGACGACUCGCUCCGCAGAAACUGGCGUACGCCAAGGAACAAUUCGACAAAAUGCUGAGUGAUGGCAUCAUUCGUCCUUCCGAUAGCCCUUACGCCUCGCCACUACACUUAUUUCUUCGGCGCACCGACAAGCACCUUACGAUCAAGCGCGCCAACUCAACCGACACCGUCGCGAUUGAUCGGACCAAGCCUGCUUUUCUGGAGAAGCGACAGUACGACGCAAACCCGGCUCUGCAGCCCCCUAAUGCUAUUCCAGGGCACCCGGCACACGCAGCACCGCAAACAUCAGACGACACUCCAGCGACUCCUGUGCAGCAAACCAGAUCCGGUAGGAGGAUCACUUUCCCUAAAGACCUUCGUAAAUAUUAUUAUUAA